ACUCCAGGCCGUCGGGUCGGCCGGGCGCGCUCGCCGCACCGCCGCAUGCCUCGACCCGCUCGGAAUCUUUGUUUUUCUCGUGGAAAUUUGCGUCAGCCGUUCGACUUGCCCGGAGUGAUAAAAAUCCUUGUGCGGAACAAUUUUUGUCGAAAGUCGUGGACACUCAAGAUGAGAUUGUCGAGAGAUAGAAAAGUGAGCUGGAAGAAAACUGCGGAUUCUUACAAACUGUGUUGUGAACGCACUUUUGUCGUUCGCCCUGUGGAGUUCUGAAACGGGUCGGGAGUACCCGACAACGAUUUGAUUAUUUAAAUACCUUUGGCAGCAGUUGGCAGCAGAUCCCUCCCGCCACUUGACGGCAGAUUUGAAUGCCUGCGCCGCGCCGUCGUAAUCUUGCAAGUUUUAAAAACUGUCCGGCUCUAUACACAACCUCGAGAUAACUGGAAUGGAGGUGGUUAGGAGUUCCAAAUCCCCGAGGAGCGGUGCACUGGACGCGCAGAUCGACCGCGUCUCCGUCAACAUCUUCAACCAGGACGUUGUGAGCAUCAUGCGCCGGAGUCUGAACGGUAAGGACCCUGGUCCGCGCCACAGCCCUCGUCCUGGCCCGCGCUCUGCGUCGCGCCCGGGGCCGCGCUCACGAGCCAAGCUGGACCGCAACGCCGUGGAGGUGGUGGACCCCGACGCCCCGGAUGUCGCCGUCGUGGUGCUCGGUGGAGACGCCCGGUCUGUGCUAGGGUCCCCGCCGCCGCUGCUUGAUGAGUCGCCGACGGACCGCCCUCCGGCCAACGUCGUUGAAAUCCCCUCCGAGGAGGACGUCAUCGUGGAGACGCGCCCUGACGCCAUGAACCCCCUCACGGACCACAACUACGAGGUGAACGUCAAGGUGGAGGUGGACGAGAUGCUCAGCGACAUGGACGACGGGGGCCUUUCGGACUGCGAGGUGGCUAAACUGUCAGAGUUCCCAGCCGCCACUAACGUGCACCUCGAACAGGAAGUGGACGGCGAGGAUGAGGAGAUUGACGUGGAGCUCGACGACGACGACUCUUCCCUGGGCGUCACCCCCGAGCCGCCCGCGCACACGCCGGAUGCCGUCAAGUCCGAGCCGCCGUCCAGCCCGGAGUCGUCGGCCACGUCGGAGGCCGCGCCCCCGCCAGUCGCGGCCGCGCCCGUCAACGGCAAGGCCCUGCGCCCGGGGUGGAGGGAGUGCCCCAUCUGCGGGGUGGCCGUCAUGGGGGUCAUGGGCUACCGGGACCACAUGCUGGCGCUGCACCUGCGCGCGCAGCCCUACCGCUGCAUGCAGUGCUGGAAGUCGUUCACGCUGGCCGAGUACCUGGUCCGCCACACCAACAACAACUGCGCCGAGGUGUUCUACAAGUGCCAGCGCUGCGACCGCACCUGGUCGUCGGACCGGCACCACGCGUCCUGCGAGACGUGCGCCGCGGCCGGCGGCGACGGCCCCGUCGUGGACAAGGACUCGGUGUACCAGUGCGCCGCGUGCUCGCGGACGUUCCCGCUGCUGCGGCACCUCACGGCGCACGUCAAGACCCACCCCGGCGUGGACAAGCCGUUCCAGUGCCACACGUGCGGGCAGCGCUACAAGCACAGCGUGCGUCUCAUGAUACACAUCCGGUCGCACGUCAUGUCCCCGUCAAAGAGAGGGCUGGCCGCGACCCGCCCCCGCGCCGCCCCCAGCCCCGCCGCCCCCAGCCCGGCGCCCAAGCGCGCGCGCAACGGUGGCGGCGGCGGCGGCAGCACCACCCCGAGCAAGCCGCCCAGCACCAUCCCGCGCGCCGCGCUCGCCUACGCCAACCCCGCCUUCAUCCUCAAGAUGGAGCCCCCCGAGCCGCACUCCGACGACGAGUUCGGCGAUCACGCUGCGGCGUUCGACGACGACGACUAUCACGACGACAUCUUCAAGGACGCCGUCGGGCUCGACGAUGACGGAGAAGAAGACGUCGACGACGACUUCGAGGAUGAUGUUGACGGCGACGCUGACGGGGAUCGGGAGGCGAUGAUGGAGAAUAUGAUGGGGGGAGUGGCCGUCGGCGACGCCUUCCCCGCCAGCUGGAAGCGCUACAAGUGCAAGUGGUGCACCAAGACGUUCCGCUUCAGCCACCAGGUGGGCGUGCACAUGCGCACGCACACGGGCGAGCGGCCCUACUGCUGCCGGCUGUGCGACCAGCAGUUCCGGCAGUCCAACCACCUCAAGAGGCACCUGUACGGCAACCACGGGCUGGCGGGCGCCGACGCCAACCAGGCCUUCCGGUCCAUGAUCGCGCUCAAGCGGCGGCGCCAGCAGCGGGAGCGCUUCCGCGCGCUCACGGCCUUCUUCGCCAAGCAGGGCGGCUUCAAGGGCUUCGGCCCGUCCACGGUGGACGUGGCGGGCGCCGUCGACCUGCUCAUCAACCGGGGCUUCGACAAGGACCUCAGCGGCCGCGGCAAGGCGGGCAAGAUGGCGCGGGAGGAGCACUUCAGGCGCAUCGGCAACCCGAGCAAGCCGUGGGUCAACCUGGGGAAGGUCAACGGCCUGGGCGCCCCCGCGGCUCCUGCCGCCCCCGCGACCUCGGCGGCCGUCGCGGGCCCAGCGACCCCUGCAGCCGCGAACGGGAGACCAGCGGCCAACGGCGGACCCGCGGCCAACGGCGGACCCUCACCCCCCAACGCCCUCGCUGCCCUUGCGGCCCUCGUGAGCUCCGUGUCAAACAACCACUCGGAGGAGAAUGGUGUGCCGUCCUAGCUCCCUGCACCUCCCUAGUUGUCUCUUGUGUGGGUCUUGUCAUUUUCUGAACUGAACAGCUACUACACUGCUUGUGGUGUUGUUUUCUUCAGAAUAAGUAGUUUGUACUGCAAAAAAUGAUUAUUUUUCUUGUUUUCUUACACGUUCCAUAAUUUUUUUAAUCGUACUAUGUCAUUUGUUACCCAUUUGAAUCUUGUUGCAAGGCUGUGACUAUGUGUGAAAGAGAUUGGGCAAUUCUAUUUUCUAGUAUAGGAAGUCAUAGUUGAACUGUUUGUAAAAUAAUUGAGGAUGGGGUCUGCGCUUGUGCUAUACUUUAUAGUAUCUAAGAAGACGACUGAUUCUGAAAGUGGACUGUGAUUAGAAAUUGCUAAGAAGAGUGCAGUGUAAAUUGUUUCACUUUUCCUUGAUUUGUUUCCCUUACUGACUUCCUGUUGACUUGUGGAGAUUUCAGGAUUACCAAAAGUGUACUUCAUGAUAUGUGAUAAUUUUAAUUUUACAAAGUUAAUUAUAAGGAUGUAAAUGUUAAUGUGAAGUAUGCUUUUCUGUUUACUUACUGACUUGAAGAACUUACUUUUUGUGUUUUCAGAUUGUAAAGUCAUAUGCUCCUAUUUUUUCUUAAAUAAUUUUUUCAGUCUUCCAUAACAAAUUUGCUGUAUAUCUUUUCCUGCUUCUAGUAACGUAACUUGACAAAUUAAAGCAAUGUAAGAGUUUCAUCCACCAAUAUGGAUGUUGUAAUAUUGUAUAUUAUUUUUUAUUAAUUUUUACAUUUGUUUUGAUAGUUUUAGGUACACAACUUAAAACUGUUUACAUUAUCAUUCUAGAUUUUUGUUGUGUAUUUGAAGUUAUGAAAGAUGUGUUAUUGCUCAGUUUUGUACAGUAGAGCAGAAGAACAGUAAGGCAUUCUACAUCAGAAAGCCUGAAUAACUGUGUCAACCAGCAGAUUAUCUAAUUUCCUGAACUGUCAUCAAUACAAUAAAAUAUUGUGAAACAGAACAGAUAAA